AUGGCUGAUGCGCGAGCUGUGCCGACGCAGCCUGAUCCGCGGAAGCGUGGGCACGUAAAGGUAGAUACGCUUCAAGGUUCAUCGUUCUUUCAUGCAUCACACCGGAUCCGGAUCCACCACUUACUGGCGUUGCUAGUGACAAAAACUUUGGUGGCCUCAGCAGCAUGGCUGACGCGCCAGUGGUUGCUGGUGCCACAAAUGGAUGUAACUUUAUUUCAUGAAAGAUAUGCAGAGUCGAAUGAUACCGAAAUGUCUCUCGAAAAGGUACGAGACAUUAUACAUGAGCCGGCUAGCGUUUGGGCCGUUGCUGUUAUGACCACGGCGGUGGCUGCUAUAUUCAUGUUGCUUGCGCUGCGAGUAUGGCGUUGGGAUGUGGUAUGGUCGAAUCAUGUUGUGCGUCAUCUGCUUGUUCUGGGAAGUGUUACGUUCUUACAAUUGUUUACAUGGCUCACUGCGCUGAAAUUUCUUGGAGCUACAAACACUUUAUUGUACACACAGUUUUGUGAAGUUUGGAUGCGCGAUAUCCAAGUCAGGCACCGCUGGACCACAUCGGGUGGGUUUUUUGUUCUACUUUCGAUGGCAUUCGCCUUCGUCAUCGCUGCUCUAACGCAUUCAAUCGUAUCACUUCGACAGCCCUAUGCUGAUAUGCUCGAAUCGGUGACAUUUCAAACACUUUCUCUUACGACCAAGUUACAGGACCACAUAUCUCUAUGGGAUACUUUUAAAGGCUUCCUAGCGCUGAUUAUAUAUGCGAUUCUCUCUGUUGAAACGGGUUAUUUGAUGUCCAAUACAGCCAAAGAAGUUGGUGGUCGACGACGUGCGAUGGUCCUAGCGAUUUCUUUAGCCGCCACAAUUUUAUUGCCCAUCUCAAUGCUCGGUGCCAUUCUCGGUGUCAAAAUGCUUCCAGCACCUUUCGUGCCGGGUCGAAGCCCAACGCAACAAGAUGCUUUAGAAAUCAACCAUUUGGCUGCGUAUUUGGUUCUUGCGCUGGGCUUCUUGGUAUUCGAUGUACUUGUGACACUUACACUCGAGUCCUAUGUAACUUUGAUGGUGCAUAUCGCUCAUGCUUGGCCGAUGGUGGUAUGUGCCGCCAUGGCCAUCGGCUUUGCUGUAUUCAAUGUAAACGUGAGUCUAGUCCAAGUGAUGAGCGUUAUCUCUGUGGGCUUUGCAUUACGAGCUAUAUUACGCCGCUCGCCCUUGUACAUGACAUCUUGGUAUCGCAAAGCUACCGUGGAGGAGCAACGUGUGGCCAUGGCAGGUGUGGAAUCCGAUACAACGCUGCUGACUGAUUUUGUGAUCAUGACUUACCGUUUAGUCGUCCAAAUACGCCGCAUGAUUAACGUCAUAUUAAGCAAUAAUGAGUCUCGGCGUAUUUUUCUGUUCUUGUGUCUAAAUCUCGCAUUCAUGUUUGUUCAGCUGGUUUGGGGUGUAUGGACGAAUAGUCUUGGUCUGAUCAGUGACGCCAUUCAUAUGUUCUUCGACUGUGCAGCGAUUUUCAUGGGUUUAAUGGCUAGUGUCAUGGCAUCGUGGAAGACCAAUAAAGACUUUCCGUUCGGGUAUAAGCGCGUCGAGACGCUGUCUGGUUUUGCCAAUGGAGUUUUCCUCGUGUUAAUCAGUGUGUUUAUUCUAUUCGAAGCUGUACAGCGCAUUAUUGAGCCACCAGUAAUGAACAAUAUGGCCCAACUAUUGAUUGUGAGUACUCUGGGUCUUUUGGUCAAUCUGUUUGGCAUGUUUGCCAUGGGACAUCAUCACCAUGGACAUUCUCAUGGCUGCAGUCAUUCUCAUGAUCACCACCAUGGUCACUCUCACAAUAUGCUUGGCCUUUACCUUCACGUUAUGGCAGAUACCCUUGGAUCUGUGGGCGUUAUCAUCAGUACCAUAUUGAUCCACUAUUUCCAUUGGACAGGUUUUGACCCCAUCGCGUCUCUUCUUAUCGGAAUCAUGAUCCUCGGAUCAGUGGUCCCGCUUGUAAUUGAUUCGGGGCGUAUAUUGUGCCUUGAAUUAGACAAUAACGACCAAGAGGCUUUGCAGCUUGCGCUCGAAAAAAUCGCGGCUCAUCCUAUUGUGUCGGCAUAUUCUAGUGCGCAUUUUUGGCCAUUGGACAGUGAGACCAUUGUUGGCACCAUUCACAUCCAUUAUGAUACCCUUUUAGCUUCUGAUGCGUCUUCUCUUGUGGAUCCUUCUACAUUAACGCUGGAAGUAAAACAGAUUCUACAUUCCUAUUUGCACUCCCUUGAGGCCGUUCAUGUACAGUUACACCCUGGAGGACAAAAAAAUUUUUAG